UAAAUAACUUCGACGUGGUCCGUCACAAAAGAACUAAUAAUCAAUUGGAAAAGUCGGAAAAUGGUUGUACUAUUUGCACUAUUUUUAUAUUAUUUCAUUGUUUCAAUAGAAAGUACACUAAGUAACAGCGAAGCCUUCGCAAUAUUUACCGAAGGAUGUAUUAUUCCUGCGUUUCCACUAAUUAGCGAAAAUAUAAAAGGUCUAGUUGGGUUACCAAAGAAGACAAUAGAUUGUGCUAAAUCGUAUCCACUUCUAAUUUCUAAUGAAUCUCACAUUAUAAUUGAAGAGGCAGCUUUAGAGCAUUAUAAUGUUAUGGAAAAGGCACAGUUCUAUUGCUGCUACCAGAGUUUCUACGCCAAGAAAUCCAUGGAAGACAUAGUCUACGAAAGCUGUAUACAAUUUACGGACACCAUAGAAGGACGUCACGAAUUUGUUAGAGUGGAGUGCUAUUAUUUAGACAGUAUAUUUUACACCGACUUCUUCAUUUUUAUGAAGAAUACAAAAACGAUAGCUGGAAAAGAGUCUAAUAAAUUCAAUGUUAUGAUAUUUGGCCUAGAAAGUGUAUCGCGUAUCAAUUUUCUUAGAACUAUGCCUGGGACAGCAAAAUUUUUACGAGACAGAGGAAGUGUCCAGCUGUUAGGCUACAACAAGUUGGGCGAUAAUUCAUUCCCUAAUUUAUUUCCAUUAUUGCUAGGAAAGUCUUUUAAAGAUGAGAAUAUUUAUAAAUAUAACAAUACUAUUGACACUAACAUGGGUCCAUUCGUUUGGGAUCAAUACAAAAGGUCUGGGUAUGUUACGGCUCUAGGAUCAGACAGCAUGGCAGGACUUUUAGGUGCAUACGAAUACAAUCUAAACAAUUUGCCAACCGAUUAUUAUCUGCUACCAUUCAUGUACGAAUCGAGAACACUAUUCAAGAAUAAAUUCUAUAAUUACCAUAUGUGUUAUCAAAAUAAAAUGUAUUACAAAACCCUUUUGAAUUAUAUUUAUGGUCUAUCUAGAAAUUUGAAAGACAACAAUUUAUUCGGAAUAUUUUGGGAGGAAUCUGUUAGUCACGAGCAACUUAAUUACCCUCAUAUAAUGGACUCUCAAUACUUAAAUCUUUUGAUAAAGUUAGAAAGCAGUGGCUAUCUUAAUGAAACUGUAGUAAUUUUCUUAAGUGACCAUGGAAUGCGUUGGGGGAAAAUUGUGCAAACUGAGCAAGGUAGACAAGAAGAACGAUUACCGUUAGUUGAAAUACUUUUGCCAUAUCAAUUUAAAAGUCUCUACAAGCUGGCAUAUAAAAAUUUGCAAACAAACGCUCAUCGACUUACAACACCCUUCGACAUGCAUGCUACACUCAUUGAUCUUUUAGAUCCGACACUUCUAAAUGAUGAAGAAAUUGACAAACGAAGCGAAAGUGGCUUGUAUGAUAAUCAAUCCAGCCUUUUCUUACCUAUCUCCAAGAACAGAACGUGUGAAUAUGUUGGCAUUAGUGACCAUUGGUGCACUUGCUAUAAAGGCAAACAGUUACCGACUGGACACAAAACUAGAAUUAAAGCAGCAAAAUUCUUGAUACAAUCUAUUAACAGCAUUUUAGUAAGGUUCCCUCAAUGUCAUAAAUUGAGUAUCAAGAACAUAUUGGAUGUAUCGAUGGUAAGAGAUGUGCGUGGAAGUACUUUCAGGGUUGCAGUGGAAGCGAAUCCUGGUGGCGGCAUAUUUGAUGGCACUUUGCGAAGCGAACGAGGAGUUUGGGCUAAUUCCGGGACCAUCAGUCGGCUGAAUCUUUAUCGCGGGCAAAGUGAUUGUGUAACAGAUAUUUCUGUCAAAUUGUAUUGUUAUUGUAAAAAACCUUAGAAGGUGUUGUUCUUAUUAAC